AUUUCUCCUAAUCAGUAAUCUUAGUAAUGUCUGAGAUUAAGAACGGUAGUUUCGUUAUCGCAUGAGACAACAUUUUUGAAGAUUCUCAACGAUAUCAGCUAUGUGACGUUUGGGCGCUUCUAAAGCUCGAAUUUGAGGAUUUCGAGAAACUUCACUUUCAGUGCGCUAAACCUACAGCUCCGAAGCAGGAAGUCUUAAUGAAUAUAAAUUUGUAAUGUGCGUCGAAGCCCCUUCUCGUUGGUUUUACCCUGGCUUAUCUGUUCGCUUAUGGCUCACAUAACAUCAGUUUCGCUUGAGCCUCCGUGGCGAGAGGUUCUGUUUGAAACAAGGAAUAUUCUUCGUAUUGUAUAAAUCAUUUGGCAAGGUGUUCUCUUAAGAAUCGUGAAGGGACCUUAACAACCUGACAAUUUUUGUUCGGUAAUUUCUGCACCUGUAUUUGUAACAGGACUUUAAUCUUUAGAUUAAUUCAGGUAAAGCUAUGGAACGAUUUAUGGAACCACAUCUGGAUAUUACGAUUGAUGAUAAUGAUAUUAUUAAAGGUGCAACCGAUGUUGUAAAGAGUAUUAGACCAUCCUGGUCUGUUGAUAAGCUUCAGUUUAAGCUAUUUACAAAUGGAAUUACAAAUAAGUUAGUAGGUGUGUGGUGCCCAGGGCAUUACAAUGAUAUGGUGCUGGUAAGGGUGUAUGGACACAAAACUGAUUUGCUUAUCGAUCGUAGAGACGAAACCAGAAACAUUCGGAUACUUAAUAAAGCUGGAUAUACGCACUCCAUUUAUGCUACAUUUAACAAUGGACUCGCAUAUCAAUUCAUUGAAGGUGAUACUCUCACUACUGAAACAAUAAGACAACCUGAAGUCUAUUGGCUGGUAGCAAAGCGAAUGGCACAAAUGCAUCGGCUUACACCAAAUCACCCCGAAAUGAGCAAAAGUCCUGUUAUAUGGAAUAAAACAGAAAAAUUCAUGCAAAUCAUGCCAAAGAAAUUUUCUGACCCUAUUAAGCAGGCAAAAUUUGAGAAAUUAAUAAGACCUUAUAGUGAACUGGAAGAGGAGUACUUUAUGCUUAAAGAGAAGCUCUCAAAACUUGACAGUCCAGUGGUGUAUGCUCACAACGAUCUCCUAUUAGGAAAUGUGCUGUACAAUAAAAAAGAGAAUUCCGUUACGUUUAUCGACUUUGAAUAUACUGCUUACAAUUAUCAAGCAUACGAUAUAGCAAAUCACUUUGCUGAAUUUGCAGGGGUAGAUGGUCCAGAUUAUACUUUAUAUCCAGAGGAAACCUUACAAAGGGCCUGGCUCAGGAUAUAUCUUCAGGCAUAUAAUAAGGCCAGCAAUGUAUCGGAGGACGAAGUAACUAAGUUGUACAUUCAAGUUAACAAAUUUGUUCUGUUGACACAUUUCUUCUGGGGUUGCUGGUCGCUUAUUCAAAGCCAGCAUUCAUUCAUUGAUUUUGAUUUCUUAACUUACGCAUUCAGAAGAUUCGAGGAAUACUUUAAGCAGAGGGAAAAGUGUCUUGAAAUCGAUUGACAGAUGUCCAUUAAAUACAUCGUUGGAGGUACUUUACUCAUAGAUGAAGUAUAUUAUUUCUAUAAAUAUAUCAUGGUGCUGUGUACCUUGGUAAAUAGUCAUUUAGUACAUAUCUCGGUGAGGCGUUUAUUUACCGUGCAUUUUGUUAUUAACCGGUGUAAAGUUUUUAUUCUAUGUGCAUAGCAAAUGAAAGUUAUUGUUCCUUUACGAGCCAGUGAAUAUAUUAUUGUAAAUACGUAUUUCGUGCGCAUAUUGUGCAAUAAAAAUGUUUCUCGUUACCGGCAA